UGUAGUUUAGCAUUGUUAAUGUAAGCCCGUCCUGAAAUGCUCCAACUGAGCUCAAGAAAAUACUUUAUAAGCUGACAGUUGGCAUAUUUCUAGAUGUAAAAUUUUGCUUUUAUGCGCAUACUACUCAUACUACUCCUUUUAGAAUCAGAAACGAGCUAGCUGGUUAGCAUUAGCCCUUUACAUGAGCCGCUUGUAGUUGCUUAGCAACGUGAUUGUAGCAGCAGAGAGCUCAGCUAGCUGGUAGGGUAGCCGCUUGUCAAUAAGAUACACAAAACUACCACAACUACGACUUUACAUAAAUUGUUCAUAUAAGACAAAACUGUAGAGAUAUAAGCAGUUCUAGCGAGAGGCGGGUAUUAAGUUUGGAUAAGUGUCGUUCACGUCCUGACGAAACUUGUAACCCUUUUAAAGUGAAACGUAUGUGCUAACCGAAGAAUACCAAGGAUAUACAGAAGGCAUUGGGUAAAUACCUUUAGUGGAGUAGCUGAGGUAUUUAUCCCCUUCCCACCUUCCUCCAACCAUUACCUCCUCUAAUGACGUUUGCACAUCUGCUUAGGAGGAUCCACUCAUCGUUCUGUCUCUCAGUGUUUCUCGUUUUUAGAGACUGUUUGUAAAUGCAAGGAAAAGACUAGGGCAACAGACUCGAGUUACACUCCUCCUUCAGAUGGCGUUCUGCCUGGCUGAGCUGCACUUGUGGUCCACGAAGAACUCGCUCCAAGUUAAAGGAGAUUCACAGAUGGGUCCGCUGAGGUGCAGUCAUUUGUGUGAAGAGAGAAGAGGAGUUGGGAGAGAACACACCCUAGGGGGCGCCGGUACUGAUGGUUCCUGUGAGGGAGAAAAAGCUCCUCAGCCUCACCUGUUGCUGGCAGUCCUUCAGGAAGCUGGUGACCCUCUGACAGGUGGAGGCCGGGACAUUGAACUGGAUACAGAUAUUGGCACCUAUCAGUACUACGAUAAAGGAGAGCCAGCCAACCCCCUGGAGCAUCACUACUACAAUGAGAAACUGCAGUUCUGUGAGGCUCGAGGCUAUUCGUGGACCCCCAGGAACCGCCGGCCAGAAAAGCUGCGUGACUCGCUGAAGGAGUUGGAGGAACUGUUGCAGAGCAACACCUGCGUUCACACCAGAUGGAGAAACAAGUACUGCUGCCAGAUGAUGCUGAGCAAUGGGGUGCUGGUGACGGUCACCCUAAAAGGACCUCAACUGGAUCAAGUGUGUGUAGACCGCAACUUGGUGGGUCGCAUACCUGCCAACACUGUGUCUGAUGCGGUGCUGAGCGAUCGGCUGAUUCUGCUGUCCUUCCUGGAGCAGAGCCAGGUCGCUGCAGUGUACCUGAACAAGAAGAGCCAGGAUUCCCUGGAGACUGGCAGGCGAACAGACAAACUCUCACCUUCUGAAAUCAAGGUGAUAUGUGUGGAGGUGGGCGGUCCGGGUCGAAGACUUCACAGACGUGUAGCUCUCAGCCAUCUCCAGGACGUGGCGCUCUGCUGGUGGAAGCUGGACGAGCUUAGUGAGGAGCUGUGGCCGUGGACUCCCACAAACACACACAAAAACAAUCUCUUCUUGAUAAGCUGCUCACCUACUGAAGGACUCAAGGUCCUUUGCUCUAUUCGAACGACUGGCAACCCCCUGGACUGCUGCUUCAGCCAGCUUCAGCCCUACCAGAUGCUGACGGUGGAGUUACCUGCAGGACCUCAGGGAUUCAGAGAGGGCUCCUCCGCUGAUACCUGUGUGUAUGAAUGUGCACGAGGGCGCCUGCACCGCAUAUCCAUCACCACCAUCCCACUGCCAUCGCCUCCUCUCUCCUGCUCUCGUCACCCAUCUGAGACCACUCUCCUUCUAGGCUUAAUUGACUCAUCCUUAGUCCUCUACGACCAGAAACGGGCCGUCUCAGUCUUGGCCUCCUGCCCUGUACCACCCUCAUACAUGGCCUGGCACCCGGCAGGGGCUGUUGCUGUUAUGGUGGGGGGACAGGAAGAAGUGAUGUGCUUUGAUGUGGGCUUGGCACCUUUAAACAUGGCGCUGGUAGCAGAAGAGGCAGCUCCAGCAGCCACAUUGAGACUAACUCAGCACCUGAACUCCUCUGGAGGCCUGGCUAGACUUCAGUGGGGAGUUGGUUUGGAUGGUGGCCCGGAGGGGACAGAUACUCUGACUCUAUUCUUUAAUGGAGGACCACUAGCUGCCUUGAAAUUCAGACUAGGAGCUCUAACUGGAGGCCAGCUGGGUCACGUGGAACUGUUGCAGCAGAGGCUUCGUUGCAGUCAGGUCAGAGAGGCACUGGGCAUCUUGGACGCCAUGGACUGGAGCACCAUGGGGGACGAGAGCUACCAAGGCCUGAGUUCUGUAAUCAACCACCUACUGAGGCUGCCGCUCAAUGCAGACAGAGAAGCUCAGCUGGAAGCUGCCCUGCGGGUGUUUUACGCCCCGGCUGCCCCGCUGUCUGACACAGUGAUACUGGAGUACAGGGAGCCAGUCAGCAAGUAUGCCCGCCGCCUUUUUCACCACCUCCUCAGGCAUCAGCGUUUUGAGAAGGCUUUCCUCCUUGCUGUAGACCUGGAAGCUCAGGAUUUAUUCAUGGACCUCCAUUAUGUUGCCAGUGAUAAGGGCGAGGUGGUGCUCGCGGACGUGGCCAAGAGGAAAGCUAAUGAAAUCGAAGCCCGGGCCAUCGCAGGCGACGAUGAUCUGCAGAGAGGCACAAGUGGUGCAUGUGGUUCCAGCUUCAGUCACAGAGAGACAGAGAUGAACCAGAGGGCAGCAGGCCCUUCCUCCUCAGAUGUCCCAACAACACAAGCUGAUGGACGGGGCACACAGAGGAGACCACAGACCGAGUCCAUCCAUGUGACCGUCAGUCCAGAUCUGCUCAGAACCCUGAGACAGACAGGAAACAGUGGAGGUGACACAGAAGGAGGGAAUGAUGAUGAAGACCCCGGGAUGCUCCAUGUGGUUCAUUUAGGAAUGGUUUAAAAUAAACUACAUAAGGAUUUUAUUCCCAAAAGAAGAUUGGUGGGAUACAAUAUCUCAAUAAUUAAAAGCCUAUCUGGAUAUUUAUAUUUGCAAAGAAGGAUACUUACAAGAAAUAUUACCUCUUUAAUGAUCUAGAACUUAAUGUCCACAAUUAAACAAUAUUCAAUGAAUUAAAUAACUGUACUUUUAUGGAACAUCCAACAAAAAGAUUUUCUAUUAUAAGCACAUCAAAACCUGCCAUUAACUGACCUGAAUAAAAUAAAGACUUUUUUGUGUUGAUAGUGAA